UAGCUAACGCUAACUCGUUUGUGUCUGUUUUAAAAAUAUUAAUAAAUAUGCCUCAAAAAUCAGACUGGGUGGUUUAAAGUUGUUCUUAAUUUGCGAAUGUUAUGCCAUUUGCGAAUAGGAGCUGGUAUUUUAUGUCCGAGUUGUGGGAAUUGUAGUUUUUCUCCUAAGUCGCGGCUCUUACGUCACUGUUCGACAAUGUAGCUAGCUAGCAGCGUAUCGCGACAGAAACAGCUCAGCAUGUGAGUUUCUUACUGUUAAAGGAGAUAUUGACUCCAAAACAAUGGCGGCCUCGUUGCUUAUCCCAUGUAAGAUAAACAAUGCUUUGUAGUUCUUCGUGGGACUUCUGGUCUAGCUAAUGUUUCUCGACUUGACGUUUGGUUCAACUUAUCGUCAGCAGGGAUGGCGGGGGUGAGAUGUGGAGAUGACGUCUCGGAGUACCUGAGCCAGAAUCCGCAGCUGGCCCAGUGGAUCGAGUCAUUCCGGGGCUACUGUGAGAGCAACAAGCAGUGGUCUGCUCGGAGGGAGUUCAUCCUGAGGAACAUGGAGGCUUUCCCCACGGUGAAGCCGGGAACCUGCAACAGCAGUUUGGACAGACUGCUGUCUCUGUCCAUGGUCUGGGCCAACCACGUCUUCCUCGGCUGCAGUUACCCGCAGGCCGUCAUGGACAAGAUCAAGGAUAUGGGCGAAGGGAUCGCCGUCCAGGACCCGCCGGUCCACAAAACGACAAAAGACGGAAUCACAGCCAGAGGAAAGCGCAGCGCCCCAGACGACGGCGACCCUGAAGGUUGUGUGAAACGAUCCAGAACCGAGGCUGACAGCCGGCCGUCCGGGAGAGCGGCGGCGCGGUCUGCCAUCCAGAAGUCUGGGCCGCCACCUCAGGCUCCGGCGGAGCAGCAGCCCUUCUUCAACCGCCUCUACAAGGCCGUGGCGUGGAAGCUGGUGUCGGCCGGCGGCUUCGGCCCCAACCUGGACCACUUCGAGAUCCUGCGCAGCUGCGUGGAGUCGUGCAAACAGACGGUGACGUGCGUGUUCGUACCGCUGAAGGACAUCGCAGGCCUCCCGGCGGGACGCACGCAGAAGGAUGGCCACGUGUGUGAAAUCCGCUGCCAGACCGUCUACAUGGGCACGGGCUACGGGCGCGACGAGGCCGCCGCCAAGGCCAUGGCUUCCAAAGAGGCGCUGAAGGUGUUCCAGGGCCGGAAAGUGACGGUAAAGAUCUGCAGGCGGCGCUACAGAGGCAGGGAGGUGGAGGACCUGGUGCUGCUGGACGAGCUGCCGCGGACUCAGGGCUUCCCUCCGGCGCUCAGCUACCCGUUCCAGGACGAGCCGCAGGAUGAAGGUCCAGACUGUUAGCCAAACCCGAUGCUUCUUAGAACAAAAGGGAAGCGCUAAAUUUACAAAAAAAAAUGGCUUCUUGACUGAUUACAACCAGUAACGAGCAACCAUGUUGUUGGUUUAGUUGCUGCUGAUUUUUAGUCGAACCUUUGACUCAGUUGAAAUAAAACUGUCACUUUAACUUCAGUUUCUGAACAGUUUCAGCAUUUUCAGUGACGGUAAACAUCCAAACGAAGCAGAUUAGAAAUGCUACUGUUUCCUUUCUGACGGUUCCAGUAAACUCUUUAAUUUUAGGGUUUCCUUCCUCAUCCUUCUCUAUUGCACUUUAAGUUAUUUUUGACCAGGACUGGAGCUCUCUGCACUGCAAAAACACAAAAUCCUACCAAGUAUUUUUGUCUAGUUGAUAGUGCAAAUGUCUUAGUGCACUUGGAAAAAAAGAUUAAAAUGAUUUAGAAGUAAUUUUUCUGCAAAAUAUAGAAGCUUAUUUUAUGUCAGUGACUCCUUCAAUUAUUUACUUGAAACAAAUAACUGAAUUAUUUAAUUCCUUAAAAAGGAAUUAUUUAAAUUGUAAUUCCUUAUUGUACUUGAAUAAUUAAAUGAAAAAUUUAAAUAACUGCUUAUUUAAAUAUGUGAGUAUUUAUUGAAGUAAAUAGUUAUUGAAAUAAUUAAAUCAUUAUUUGAAUAUUAAUGAUUAUUUCAAUAAUUCUAAAACAUAAGCAAUAGCUAUUUUAAAAAAGUUAAAUAUGAUUAGAAAAGAUGUACAUAAUUGUUUUAAUUAUUAAAAUAAUUUUCUUGUCCUAAGAAAAAAAAGUGAAAUAAUCGUCCAGAACUACCAGUUUUUCUUUAAUUUUCAGGAAUUGUUUCCAAAAAAAUGCUGAAAUGUUACUUGUAAGUUAUUUCUUUUAUUUCAAGUGUAUCAAGGUUUUGCAUUAGAAACUAGAUGAGAAUACUCAGAUUUUGUGUUUUUGCAGUGUAGAGGUCUCUGGUGCUGCUGAAGUUUAGUUUUUUUUAGUUCUAAUAAAAAAUAGGAGCUAAAGGUGCAAACAUUUGCGCAGAAUUGAGGGUCUCCAAUCAUUUACCAGAUUCCUGCAGUAGCUGCGUUUCUGUACAGCGAAUAGUUAAACUCUGUGGCUUUUAUUUGUUUUUCAGGAUAAAAUGUUUGCUGAAGUUGUUGAGGUUUGUGAUGUGCAACACGCUGAGCUGGAAGGAUUUACUUUGAGGGAGUGAAAAUGCUGCUGUGAAGUUUUUUUUUUUUUGCUUUUUGUGGUUUUCGUUCCGGUUCAGGUUGAUGCUGAAGAGGAGCGUCUCCCCUGUUGGUGUGUGUUUACACAUGUGCUCCUGUUUCUACAUAUUUUUAAAUAAAAUUUAACCGAGAGCGUUGAGCAGUUCUGGCUUUUCCAGGCUGGUUUUGAGCAACUUGUGUGUUUUUUUGGAUUAAAAAGAGAAUUAUUAACAGA